AUGGUCUCGACCAAGCUGCCGCUCCUCUUCUCCGUCUCUCUCUGUGUCUGCUUCUCUUCUCUCAGACCAAGUUGCCGCUCAUCUUCUCCGUCUCUCUCUGGAUUGUCCGUUGCUAGCCUUAGCAGGUCUGGUAGGUCAUCAUUACAUGAUCCAUGGGCCAACAAUGUGACCUGGCAUAAAGGAAACCUUCUAUCACCUGAGUCAUUGAAGGAUGCUCUCGAUGGUGUCACGUCUGUUAUAUCCUGUGUUGGUGGGUUUGGCUCCAAUUCUUACAUGUAUAAGAUUAAUAGGACUGCUAAUAUAAAUGCAAUUAGAGCUGCUUCUGAACAAGGUGUGAAACGAUUUGUGUAUGUCUCUACCGCUGAUUUUGGUGUGGUAAAUUACUUACUGCGAGGAUAUUAUAAGGGGAAGAGAGCUGCAGAAACAGAGCUACUAACCAAAUUCCCUUAUGGAGGAGUGAUUUUGAGGCCUGGAUUUAUUUAUGGGACUAGAAGCGUCUGGAUUUAUAACUGGAGUGAAUCAAUUAUUAUAUGAAGACUGACGUGUGAGCUGCCAUUGUAAGGAUGUGCUUGCUAUUCCCGUAUCAACCGUGGCUUCGGAAUCAUGCUUUAGCACGAGUGGUGGAGUGAUUAAUUCAUUCCGUGCUUCUUUAACUCCUAAGAUUGUGGAGGCCUUAAUUUGUUCUCAAAAUUGGUUAAGGUCCGAUGACAUCUCCGUUAUACAAUAUGAGCCAACCAUUCAAGAAAUGGAGUUUUAUGAAUCCAUUGAGUCAGAUCUUACAAAUUUGCCGGCACCAACCAACUCAAGUCCUUCUACGUUCCAAUGAUCAUUUAAUAUGUGAAGCCUUCAUUGGUGUUAUGUUUUAAUUUUUGGCUUAUGUUUCGAACUUCUAAUUUGGUUUGUAAUUUAAUUAUCAAUUUUUACA